AUGGUCGCCGAUAUCAUUCCUAUGGUAGAUCCCGUAGAGUACGCCUUUCCAAACGACGAGGCCGAGGCCGAAAGACUGGACAUGCAACAUGCCAUGCAGACACAUCUGCUGGGCGAUCGACUGUUCUGGGCGCCCAUCAACCCCAAUCCGGCUAGAGUCCUGGAUCUAGGAACGGGCACUGGCAUCUGGGCCAUUGAGUUCGCUGACAUGUUCCCUUCCGCUGUGGUCACAGGCACCGACCUGAGUCCCAUCCAACCUCAGUGGGUGCCUCCGAACUGCAGCUUUGAGAUUGACGACGCAGAAGCUGAGUGGACUUGGGAUGAGGGUACAUUUGACUACAUUCAUAACCGCAAUUUCGUCUGCGCAAUCCGAGACUGGCCGAAGCUCAUUCGCCAAUGCUACCAAUUUGUUAAGCCCGGUGGCUGGGUAGAAUGGCAUGAGAAACACCCCUAUCUGCUCAGCGAUGACGGGUCGCUGCCGAAAGAUUCUGCUCUGUUUCGAUGGGGCGCGAAAUUCUUCGAGGCCAGCGUUCAUUUCGGAAAAGACGCCCGAUCACCUCAGAAUCUCAAACGAUGGAUGGAGGAGGCCGGAUUCGUCGACGUGGAAGAGCACAUCCUCAAACUCCCCGUCGGGCCGUGGGCAAAAGACCAGAGACUUAAAGAGGUGGGCCUGUUCGAGAGCGUCAACAUGACCGAGGGAAUCCAAGGCUUAACCAUCAUGCUUUUCACCCGCUGUCUGCAAUGGACUCCUGCCGAGGUCGAGUCAUUCCUCUUGGACGUCCGAAAAGAUGUCAAGAACAGGGCUAUUCAUAGCUAUUACCAUUUGUAA